GAGGAGGAUCAAGCAAAUAAACCCUUGGGUAACGUGUGCAAAACAAGUGCUGUAAUUCUGGUAACCAUAUCCAGGCCUAAAGACCACAACACACCUUUUUCUGGAUUGAAACCUUGAACAAAUACGUCUGUGGGGGCAUCUGCCACACCGGUCCAACCUCCCCUGAAACCUGUACAAGCAAGCUACAGUAACGUAAGACAAAGCUCCUCUUUAUGGGUCAGUGAUGCAGUGGGAGUGACGCAGCAGCAGCCUCCAGUCCAGAAGACAACUAUACACGGCAGGACCAGGGAACCUCUGCCAGAACCGUAGUCUACCGGCAACUUCCAGACUGCAGUGAAGAGGGAAGAUGGUGAAGGCCUAAUCUAGGCCAAAGAGACUGAGCGGGAGCCGGGUACUCACUGUCCUUUCCUCCUCCAAAACAAACACCAGAGAGACGUCCACAGUGGCAGAGACAGGCUCAGCAAGACCUGCGCAGAGACAUUUUGGUAGGCAACUCAAAGUAUGAGUGCGGGCUACGGCAGUAACAUUGAGUGCUACUGCAGGGAUGAGUGUCUUUCUAUGCUAAGAGUGUAAAUGCUUAGAGAAUGAGGAUGAGGCCUACUCAGCCUUGUACAGCGGUCUGUGCCUCCCUGCUAAUUGGAGUCUCUACAGGCCACAGCCGAGCUUACUGAGCAUCGGAGGCCUGAAUAUUUGUCCCGUAUACAGAGUAGUAUCUGUGCGCUUUAAGUAAGGACAGUGAAUCAUUAACUGUUUUGAUUCCAGUUUAGCUUGAGAUGAGAUCUACUUUGAAUGUGAAUUUAUAAAAAUUAUAAUUAACAUAGAUGAUGGUUCCCAAAACUGUAAAGCAUGUGUGGCAGAUUAUUUAAAAGCACUUAUUUUAUUGGUUUAAGACAGAUGCAUUUCAGCGUACAUGCAUUAAUAAGGUACAUACAAAUUGGGGGUUAUUUUAUGUAAGAAGGACUUAAGGACGACAACACGGUGGACUGGAUCGCACAAAGAACCAAUGGUUUAAGAAUUAUUAGUAUGGCCGCCAUCAAAACCUGCAUUUACUAUCAUUGAAGUUACUGGGGACAUACACACUAAAUGUUACAAUGAUAAAACUUCUGUGUAGUUUCUUUAAACGCCACUGGUCUUCCCGACCUGGCUCAGAAAAAAACACAAAUAUACAGCAGUCAUCACUCUUUAACAUAAUGGCAAUAUUUUUGUUCACAUGAAUUAAUUCUUAUUAGUUAACUUGACUUCUUAUUAUGUGUUUCUUUGCUGUGAAUUUGAGAAGUUAUAUUAUCUUAUGAUUGGCAGCAGUCUCUGCAAAUAACAGUCAGCUGUGGUGGUUGCUGCAAACUCAUCCCACUUCAACUCCAGCCAGGCUCCCCCUUCGUCUCCCAAAUUUAGAUUUUAUGGCUCCAGUUAUAGAGUAUGCACUGAAACCACAUUUUGCCUAAUUACUUGGAUUGCUAUCUCUUUUUUUUGUUGUCGCACCAACAUGGCCCAUUGUGUACACCGGCUACUCCCCCAGGGCUAAUGUAGAGUUCUUCGAGGAAGCAGGUCUUGCUGUCAGCAGAAGACUGAGCUUGUAGUUAAUUGUAUAUUUAUGAUACCAACAUAAUGUGAUCACUUCAGAAAAGGGAACAGGACAAUAUCGCAGCUAAGACUUAGAGUGAUAAUUGAGUGUAAUUUAAGCGACUAAAGCACAAACACACCUUAUAUAGCUUGUUUUCUUCAGGGCAAUGAGUGACUGCAUGCAUAAUGAUAUGGCACCUGCUACUUUGUCUUUUAACGCCAACAGUGCAUCAAAUUAAAUGGCUUUCGAGAAGACCCACACGGUCAUAUGACUACACUCAGUUGUGCAAAUUAAAGAGCUGCUUCCGUCCUCGGAGGCUAGCGAGAGGCUCACAGUGCCACGUCGGGUUCAGCUUCCUCCCCUCCCCCUCGUCUGCAGUGCUGACGCAUCUGCUGCUUUUGCAUCAAUCAGCAGCCUCUAUAUAGGUAUACUGAGAGCACCCGCUGAUAGCAGGACUCCCUUUUCCCCCUCAGCCUUGCAUUUUAGUUCGCACACUCGCUGCGAUUGUGAGAAAAGGCAUCGAUGAACAUCUGUCCUGUGACUGCUGUUAUCCACAGUAGGACAGUAGUCACUGCCAUCUUCUCACAGGUUCUGCUCUGCAUUACCUAACCACAGUGACUGCGUAAGCACAGACGAAAGGCUUUGAUGUAAUAUGUUGCUGCACAGAUAGAGUGUGUGUGCACAAGCAUGAAGCAGAUGGUGCAGCAUUACGCAUUCAAGGUGCAUGUUGUCUUUAUGAGGGCUGUAGAUAUAUAGCCUUAUUUCAUGCAAAAGAGAUUUUUCAUUUUGGUCAACCUCGAUGCAUCGGGAUCUACCCGGUGUGGUGCUGGGGGAGAUUUAAUAUGUCAUUUGUUGUAUAGCGGAGUAUCCCCACGCUCUACGCUGCUACCAGCAAUGCAGCUGAGUGUGUUUUCUCUGGCUGUAGCAUCGAGCACAGAGCUGGUGUGUGAUGUAGCACCCAGCAUCUCUCCGCUCUCCCUACAGCCCUCUGCCAUGCUUAAUAAAAGUUGCUGCUUCCUGCUCAGCGGCUCCAGAACGAACGCUUCAGUUGCCCAGCUAGCACAAAGGCAGAAUCAUACUCCGGCUUAGCUACAUGGUGGAUAACCUGUGAGUUAUUCCUAUAGCGGCGGCGGCACAUUCAGAGGAGGGCAGGGCAGAUCUAGCCCAGGACCUGGGCUGCAUGGAUAGAGGCGAAGGACGUUUGAGCUGGAGUCAUCUGCACACAGAGAGGGAGGGAGAGGAAGAACGACGUCAGAGAAAGCUCUGCUUCUGACAACACCACUGUUCAGCGACCAUCAUAGAAAAAAAAAAAACUACUUUUACCUUGCUCUCACAAAACAGUUUUUUUUAUGUAUAUAUUGAGGGCUGUAGAAAAGAGAUACUGCAUGACACAGUUUCCUGUUUGCCCUGCAUCAUUCUCUCUGAUUUACUAAGAUGACUGUGGUGUCCCCGUGCACUCAGAACCUCAUGGAUAGUGCUCACCCUCACACCGUGCUCAGCAAGCUCAACGAGCAGCGCUCACAAGGCCUCUUCUGUGACGUUACCAUUGUGGUGGAGGACGUUAAGUUUCGGGCCCACAAGAACAUCCUGGCAGCCUGCAGCGGGUACUUCAGGAACGCUCUGACAUCUCCUGAGAUAUGGAGCUCCGGCCAAGUGCUGGAGCUGAGGGACCUGAAAUCUGAGGUGUUCGCUAGCAUUCUCAAUUUCAUCUACUGCUCAAAGGUGACGUCACCUGGUACAGAGGACACAGGGGGGCUGGUGGCGGCUGGAAAAAGACUCGGAAUUCCCUUUUUGGAGAAGCUUGCAGAACAACAAAGGCAGGAUGAAUGUGUUAAAUCCACAGACUCUGGCUGUGAGCCAGUGUCAAAAAAAGCAAAGCAGGAGGCUCCCAGACCUGAGGACAUCGACAGAGGGCCCCGCAUCACCAAUGCCUUCUCCAUCACUGAAGUGUGUCCUGGGAACAAUAUCUUUACCCCUCUGGUUCAAACCAAUAGGGAGAGGCAGUUACCAGAUGUGGGACCGCUCCCAUCAAAUAACCCAACAACCUCCUGCCUCAACAAGAACACUGAGACAACGCAAGCCCUCUUGGAGCACUCAUAUGCAGUAAUCAAAUCUACUGAAGGCAACGACAGCAGUCAGUGGGACAACAAGAAGGUCUAUAAACCAGCCACAUCUGAGCCAAAACAACUAAUUUACAGGAACGCAGGCCCGCUUAAAAAGCGCCACAGGCUGGGAGGAACUUUGUGUCGAAGUAUACUUCCAGCGCCAGCUGAACCGCAAAAAGAUAAACUAAAUACGAUAACCCCGACAUUAGCUGAUGGUGUUUCUGUAGCAGCACCUGUUGCAGUCAUGACCCCACCUCCACUUAUUUCAGAGGUAGAAACUGAAAAAAGUAUGGGGUCCGGGAUUCCUAUAGCCACCGACAAUGUUCAAAUGGAGUUAGGCCCACCAACCCUUUCCCCUCACACGGAGGACAGCAUUUCAAUUUACGGAUGUGGCCACUGUCCGGAGAUAUUCACAAAUAAAGCUCUUCUCGCCAUUCACGCAGAAGUACAUAAGAAGCGGUUUGUUAGUCAUUUGUUUUGCAAGUUUUGUCACAGAAAGUUCAUACACCUCAAACGACUGCGCAACCAUGAGCAUGUCUGUCCCAGAGCUGCAAGAGGCCCGCCUAAACUGGAUGCUCCCGACAUAUCAACCAAAGAGGCGGAACUCCAUUCAGAUGACGCGCCCAACGCGGAGAACAACGUGACACAGCUUCCCUCUGCAGACCUCUCCACACCUUACACCCCAGAGCCCCCACGAGUGGACCAAUCACAGCGUUCACAUGUUGAGAAGCCAGUGAGGCCAGGUGGCAGUCAGAGGAGAUACAACUGCAGUGUGUGUAGACGGGUUUACGUCACCUUGUCCAGUCUGAAGCGGCACGAGAAUGUACAUUCCUGGCAGAGGGCAUAUCCCUGUCACUAUUGUAAUAAAGUGUUUGCAUUGGCAGAGUACCGUACGAAGCAUGAAAUCUGGCACACAGGUGAACGCCGCUAUCAGUGCAUUUUCUGCCUGGAGACGUUCAUGACCUAUUAUAUCUUAAAGAACCACCAGAAGUCGUUUCACGGUAUUGAUCCCAGUCUUGCUGUGAAGAAAAAAUCGGCCAACGGUGGUCUGAAAGCCAGUGUUUAUCCAAUCAAACUCUACAGGCUUCUGCCUAUGAAGUUCAGAAAGAGACAAUACAAGACGUACAGCCAGACGUUCUCAGAGAGUGUUGAAAAAGAUGACGAAGCUUCAACGGAGAACAACUCUUUUAUCCCUCCAUUUGAAGAAAACGGUCUGAGCAGCAACCCCGAUGCCGUCUCAUUCCCUCUGACUUUCAUGGCAACACCAAAGAUGGUGGCACCUGUCAUGCCUCGCAUCAGCUUUGGCAAGCUAUGUGACCGGGAAGUUGACCAAAGUCUGAACAAUGACUUGGAAAUUCAGAGAGGCACAAGAAUAGAGGCUGAGAAUAGAGAUUCACCUUUCACCGACUACCACAGCACCUUCUCUUUGCAACCCGAGUCUCCUGCAGUGGGUUACAAAGACGAUCCUCCCGUACUAAGUAACUCAGAGCUCAUCAGUCACAAUCUGCCAUUCCUAAACUCUUUGAACACUGUUAAGAAGUUAAGCGAGUUAUCAGCUUCUGCAAAAAGAGUUGAGGACAUGACCAAGGAGAUACUUCAGUCAAGCACUGAGAAUCUGGCGCGCGAUAAAAAGAUGGGGGCGAAGACAGAAACGUAUAUCGCCAAACCUGCGUGCCCGGGUCCAUCUGUGGAUGGUGCUGCCAUGCCCCUCUGUCAGAUAACGGUGAAAAUAGGCAAUGAAGCCAUUAUCCGUCGCCGAAUCAAAGGAUCCAAGCUCUUCCCCAGAAAGAAAAGGACAUUCAGAGAACUGAGUGAGGAGGAGAGCCCAAGUCAGGGCCCGCCAACACGGGAAGACUCAGAGAGCCCCAGGCUCCGUCUGAGACAGGAAGUCACUUCUGCCACAGCGCCAGAGACGUUGGAGGAUCCCAAUGACUGCGACACCGCUGAUAUGCUUUGGCGUCCCUACUAUUCUUACAAAGCUAAAAAGAAAAGGAAGAAGUUGAGAUUCAAGCACGGAAAGGCCUUGUUUCAAGGUUAUCCUGAAACAUCUGGAGACAGAAGUGCUCCCGGCGAGGCCCACCUUGAUAAAAGUACUUGGCUGACAGAAGAGAGCAUGUCAGGUUGUAGUGGAGAGGGGAAACGCAGUCUCAGCAGGAACUCCAGCCCGAGGACCACCUACAACUGUGACAUCUGUGACAGCUCUUUCAUUACAGAGACAGGUCUGAGAGCUCACGUUAUUGGUUCCCACCCGUGUUUCUGCCGGACCUGUGGUAAACAAGGUCCCCCUGGUGAGGUGCCCGCCGGUGGUGAUUACAUCUGCAACCGCUGUAUGGAAAAUGGCUCCUGCUUUGAUAACACACCCCGGAGCCCCAACCCAGAGAAGAAGUAUCGCUGCUCCUUCUGUCCCCAGCGCUUCCUCUACCUCGCCACCAAGAGAAGCCAUGAGAAAAAACACCAGGAGACAAAUGAGGAGGGAUAUAAUUCGGACAACUUCACACCAUGUUCUAAUUACUCUGCACACUUGAAAGAAGACAAUAAACAAGACGACGUCAAAACAGAAGACGGCGACAAUCAGGGAGGCAUUGACAUAAAAAGUGAAAGGGUAGAAGAAGGACAUUGUUCCAUUGAUAAAAUGAAGCCUAAAAUUGAGGACACAAAUGACUCUAUGUCUUUGACUACCUACCAAGACAUGUCCAACAUUAAAAGUCCAUUAUCGCCUUGCAUUGAUCCAUUCUUUUCCCUGACAACCCCAAAGAUGAAACAUAAAAUGGCGAAAAAAGGGAUCAAUGCACAGCAUUCUAUGCAUCUCAUCUCAAAAAAGCAGGCUUGUGACAGAGACAGCAAUAGCAACCAGGACGUUUUGACGGGGCCAAGAACAUCCAGUCACAAUGAUCUGGAGAAGUCCUGUAAACUCUUUAAGAGAAAUGACUCUGAAAUGAAAGGUACCCAUGUUUCUAUACACAAGCCAGAGAAAUGGACAUGCAAAGAGGAGCCAUUUUUUUAAAGAUAGCAAUCGGCAAGAGAGAAAGUGAAUAAAACUUGACUUCAAGCCACUGCUUUUGGUUAGGAAAUGUAAGUUGUCAUCUUUGCAGCUGAGCUCAAUAAAAUGUUUAUGAAUCAACAACACUAAACAUGAGGAUCUAAUAUGACUCACAUGCUGUAAUGUCUUCCCUUCUAAACUCAAUGACUGAAUUAUUUUUCACCUUUGUAGAAGAUAUUUUUGGGAUAAUUUAGGACCUUCUGACACAGACUGUACUUUGCCCAUUGUCUAUGCAUAUAUGGCAGACUCAGUGACAUAACUGUACACAAUUUCAGAACAGGGUUUAGGGUGUUUUGGAGAACUGAAAAGCUUCCUAGUGUGGUCACAGCUUCACUUUUUAAAACAUGUCCAGAAUAAACAGUAUGAAUUUCACAACUGUCACAUUUCUGAAUCUCACGUUCAGUUGCCUGGCCAUGGUGAGUUGCACUUUAUAAAUAGACUAUGCUGUUCUGUUGGUUCAAGACUGUGAUAAUAAGUACCAUUGAAAUACUUCUAAUUUCUAAUCAACACAUGGAACCAUUGAGGUUAAAGUUACUUUUGUGUGCUUAAAAUGUAUAAAACAUGUAAAACUACUUAAAUAAAUGUUGUUGGUAUUCUAAA